AGCGAGGUCAAAAGAUCAGUGCCUUCCCCUCAUCCGUGCGCAUGCACGCCCACACACGCGCGCACACUUCUCCGGGGAGCGACGGAGAGAUGCCUCUCACUGGCUGCUGUUUUAUUAUGCGCCGGGGCUUUGCAUGGAUAGGACGAAAACGCGCACCUGCUUUAGAGGCAUUACGGUAGCACAGCAAACUGUCCUCCCGCAACACACACUCCGCACUCGUACACACACUCGUACACACAUACAGCUCCAGUGAUUCAACCCUGAUUUCCAGCGAACGAGCAAGCAACAGACGGGAUGGCAAAAAAGUGAAGACCGUUGGAGAGGUUAUACGCGCUGAGUGAGCCUGCUGAGGAGAGAGCUGGGGCUUGGGGGGAGAGGAGAAAAAAGCGGAGGCAACUAAACAACAAACAGAAACGAGAAGCUGCGUUGUUUCUCCGCGGCAACUUGCGCUCAGUGCCAGAGUUUUAGCGGCAGUAUUGUUCUGACUUCACUCCAGAGGGGCCACUCCGAGGAGAGAGGACGCACACAAAAGGGGAAAGGAAAGGACUAACGAGCACGUUUUUUUUUUUUUUUUUUUGGUCGUUUAAAGUAAUGGUCCUGCCGUCUUAGAUCCUAGAUUUCUCUGUCUCUCUCUGCUCUCUGUUUCUUUCCAUUUUUAUUUUUAUUUUUUUUUUAAUUUUACGUCCCGUCGGUUUGUGUCCCCCCCCUUUUGUCGCCGCGAGAGAGUGGACGCGCCGGGGUUUGAGGAGCAGAAGCGGGGCUGCCCACAUGGUCCAACCACUGGCGUGAAAGUUGACUUCUUCAGAAACCAAGAGAACAGGUGCCAGUGAUGAUGGUGGAAUCAGCCUCUGAGACCAUUCGUACGACGCCGUCCAACCAGAACGGAGUCAGCAGCCUCAGUAGCCAGUCGGAUGGAGGGGGCGGUAGAGAGGGUGGGUCCAAUGGAGACACCAAUGGAGAGAUCAGCCCAGUAGACUUACUCCACCUGCAACAGCAACAGGCCCUCCAGGCAGCCAGACAAUUCCUCCUCCAGCAGGCCUCUGGACUCAACUCCCCUGGCAGCAACGAGGUCAAACAGAGCCCAGUGCAGGUCCCGGUGUCUAUGGCUAUGAUGAGUCCACAGAUGAUCACUCCACAGCAGAUGCAACAGAUCCUGUCCCCUCCUCAGCUUCAGGCCUUGCUGCAGCAACAGCAGGCUCUCAUGCUACAGCAGUUACAGGAGUAUUAUAAGAAGCAGCAGGAGCAGUUACAUCUCCAGCUUCUGACUCAGCAGCAACAGCAGCAGCAGCAGCAGCAGCAACAACAGCAACAGCAGGCCGGGAAGCAAGCAGCAAAAGAGCAGUUAGGCAGUAAGCAGCUGGCCUUCCAGCAGCAGCUGAUCCAGAUGCAGCAGCUUCAGCAGCAGCACAUCCUCAACCUCCAGAGACAGGGCCUGGUUCCACUGCAGCCCACCGCCGCCAUGCAGACUCUGCAGCAAGCGAUGUGUCCGUCAGACCUACAGCAACUGUGGAAGGAUGUGUCGGGGGUGCCGAGCAGCGAGGAGGCCCUAAAACAGGCCGAGGGCCUCGACUUGAGCACCAACAGCUCCAAUUCUACCUCAGCCUUCCCCAAAGCUGCCAGUGCUCACCUUCCACUGCACAGCCUCCCCAAUGGACAGAGCCACACCCCAAAGAGAGACAGAGCCAGACUGUUUGAGUGGAUAUCCUCCUUCACCAAGGCAGACAGCGGAGAUGACCAUGUCCCUCUUUACUCCAAAGGCAGCCAACCCCCCAGCAGCCAUCAUGAGGAGCACACUGGCUCCCAUCCCCUCUAUGGCCAUGGAGAGUGUAAGUGGCCUGGCUGUGAAGCACUGUGUGAGGACAUGGGACAGUUCAUCAAGCACUUGAACAACGAGCAUGCCCUAGAUGACCGCAGCACUGCUCAGUGCCGAGUCCAGAUGCAGGUGGUUCAGCAGCUGGAGAUACAGCUGGCGAAAGAGAGCGAGCGACUCCAGGCCAUGAUGACCCACCUGCAUAUGCGCCCCUCAGAGCCAAAGCCUUUUAACCAACCUCUGAACCUGGCUUCCAGCGGCUCUCUCUUAAAGCGGGACAGCGAGGCCUACCCAGAGGGUCUUCCCCACCCCCCCACUUCGGCUGCCACCCCCAUCACCCCACUGCGCCAGGGGCCUUCAGUCAUCAGCUCCUCCAGCCUGCACACACACUCCCACUCACACACGCACGCUGUUGGGCCCAUACGCAGGCGCAACUCCGACAAGUACUGCACCCCGAUCGCCUCAGAGCUCGCCCAGAACUGUGAGUUCUACAAGAAUGCUGAUGUCAGGCCUCCCUUUACCUACGCCUCUCUUAUACGUCAUGCCAUUUUGGAGUCCCCAGACAGACAGUUGACUCUCAACGAGAUUUACAAUUGGUUUACACGAAAGUUUGCCUAUUUCAGGAGAAACACAGCCACGUGGAAGAAUGCCGUGCGCCACAACCUGAGUCUGCACAAGUGUUUUGUUCGUGUUGAGAAUGUGAAGGGGGCCGUGUGGACUGUGGAUGAAGUUGAAUACCAAAAGAGGAGACCACCAAAGAUGACCGGAAGUCCCACUCUGGUGAAAAACAUGAUUUCAGGACUCGGCUUUGGAUCCCUAAAUGCCAGCUACCAGGCGGCUCUGGCAGAAAGCAGUCUGUCCCUGCUGAACAGCCCACCCCUGGUGACCCCUCAGUCUGCGCCCAGCCUCAACAUGCUGCAUGUGGGCCACGAUGAUGUCAGCUCCACUGUGGAGCAGGUCAACAGCAAUGGCAGUUGCAGCCCCACGCUCAGCCCUCAACAGUACAGCCACCCAGUGCAUGUGAAGGAAGAGCCCACUGAAGUGGUGGAGGAGGACAGCCGGCCAGUAUCGCUCCUGGCUGGUGUCACACACAGCCUGCCAUUGCCAAGCGAUGAGCGCGACCUGGAGGAGGAUCUUCCCACAGAGGAGCUGGAGUAGGACAGAUCUCAGACAAGCCGGAGGGACGGGACUUUUUUGAGACCAAUCCCCGAGCCCUUCUCGCCUGUGUGAAGAGGAAAAAAAAUACCAACAGUACACUUAUGAGAAAACAGAUAAGAGAGAAAAAUAAGAGAAUGUUCUUUUGUUUUUAAGAAAAUUCAACUAAGGACGACAUUGAGUAACUCCAAAAAAAACAAAAAACCCCAACAGGGUUAGAUGACCUUCGUUACUUUCAGAUACAAAAAUAAGACUGUGGAGCACUGCUUUACCUCCAUGUGUUGCUUUCUCAACACUUGGCUCAGAGGUAUAACACCACUUAAUGCAUACACACUCACACAAACACGCACACACACUCAUUCACUUGUCACACCAUGUCUUGUCAUUCUCCCUGGAAAAAUUGCCCUCUAUGUAGAGAACCUCUAGAGGAGUGGACAUAGACACACACACACACACACACACACACACACACACUCUCUCUCCUCCUCGGCCCACCACCCUGCAUACACCCUCCUCUCUGUUGUCUCGGGCUGCCUGGCUAGCCAUUUUAUCUCUACGUCAGUUGAGAGGACACCUAGAUGUGUGUGUUAGAAAGAACACACACAUACACACACACACGCAGAGGAUCAUGUGUAUAUAGAUGGGAGCGGUCAUCAGGGGCUGUGCAGUAUACCUCUCCUUCUUCGCCCUCUUUGAGUCCAAUCACUUGCUUUUUCCAUUUCCUUUGAUCCGAUUAGACUAAAACUGUUGGGCUUCUCGAUGAGGAGGAAGGAAGAAUACUUACAAAGAUUACCUCCAACAGUACUCCAACACUUCUGCAGAGCAGGCACCCGCGUCCACAUCUGCGUGUGAGCGGCCCUGGUCCCUGCCCAAACUUCUGCCAGCAGCAAGACACUUAGUGAGGGACUUCUUUAAAACUCUUUGAUUCUAUGUGGGGGAAAAAAAAGAACACACGUCCCUGCCCCCUCCUACAUCCUCUCCCAUUCCACAUCCCCACCCCCAGAAGACUGCAGGAAUAGGACCGUUUGGUGCUGUUCUUCUUCUCUCUUCCAUCUGCAGUUGGAGUGAUGAGCACGGAACACAUUUGAGAAAGUGAGGAAAAAAGUGGGGAAUCCGUAAGAAACGAUGGAGAAAGUGUCUACCGGAAUAUUGUGACUAAAAAAAAAUGAAACUGUUCAUGAUUAUGGAAUAUAACAAGAAAAAAAAAAUGUGUGGUAGCUUUUUGUCAUUUCCUUUUUUUUUAAAAAUUUGUUGUUGUUAUCAUUGUUUAUUUUUGAGGAUCAAUAUUUCCAAGGUGGCGUUCUGUUUUGACGUACCUUUUCUAUGGAUGCUGUUUAUGUUUUUUGUAUUGUAAGUUGUUUAGUUUACUCUGGUUGUUCACACCAUUCCAAAUGAGUAUUGGCAAAAAACAAAAAACACACAAAAAAAAGCUCAGUAUUGUCCCACUUUACCUGAUCCUUUAAUCCCGCCCCUUUCCCUUUCUGUCCCCAGCGUAGCAGGCAAGAAAUUGGGAGAGCACUUAAAGUUGCCGUUGUCCAGACAGAUUAUUUAACAGCUGAAUCUUUUUUUUCUUCUUCUAAUUAUCUCUCACUCGCUUGUUUUUGGUUGUGUAUUUAGUUGGGAAAUAUCCAUGAUGCUUUAAAACUAUAUAUAGAUAUAUUAUUAUUGCAGUCAGAGAAUACCUCAUCCCACAGAGGUUCUGCCUGGAACUGUGUCCAAAUCGUUAAAGAAAUAAGGGGGGAUUCUUUCUGUGGGACACCAAAUGUGGCAACUCUGCUCAGCUUCGAUUCAAAGCUCUGUGGUUGUAAUAGUUACUGUGUAGAAGCUAGCUGCAAUUCACUGUGUGAGUUUAUGUUAAAGGAAUAGCACGUGAGAUUUCUUUGUUUCCAUUAGCAGAAAAGCAUUACUGUUCUCUACAGUGCCAUACCAAAUUUAACAUUUAUUUUUAAUCUAUUAUCUGCCUAUUCCCGUUUUUAUUUUUGUUACAGGUAACCAAAGAAAUAUGUAGAAAACCAAAAACCCUGUAGUUCAUUUUUCCCUUUGUUUUUUUUUUAUUCUUUUAUUUAAUUUUUUUUAAGAACUGGCCAAAAGUCAACAAACCAGGAGUUUGAAUUCUUAUUGUUGUAUUCAUAUAACUAUUGUGUUGAAAAAUUAUACCUGACUUACAGUGCUGACCAUUCCAAAAACCAAAGUGUGUAAAGCAAACUACAAUUUGGAGACAGUUAGGAAUGACCCACAUUACUUAUGAGGCCAAAAACUAGUAUUAACAAACCUCGCACAGUUCCUCAGACACACAGAAGAAAGAGAAAAGCACUUAGAGAUGAAGCCCCGUCUCUCUCUCUCUCUCUCUCUCAUACUCAGGCUCAAUUGUGUUCCAAACACAAUCCUGGGAGUGGCCCGACUACAGUGUGAGCAGGCCUAAAAAUACAAAAUAAAAUAAACACUCACGAGGCAUUUGAACACAACCGUUACCUUUCUGUCUGAGAUUUAAAACAAAAGGUGAAAUGGAAAAAAAUCUUUGAAACACCUGCUGUUAUAUAGGUACUUUAUAUUGAUACUGUUGAAGUUUUAAAUCUAUAAGAGAAAGCUCUUUACACAUAAAUGUUCAACAUUCACAGGAAGAAGUUGUGUACUGUAAUCUGCUUUAAAAAAAAAAGUGAUAUCUUUGGGCAGGGAGGAGUUAUUCCAAAUAUGUAUUGAUUAUACAAUAAAGAGGGAACAAAAAACAGCAAAAAUAUACCAAUGUAAGAGGAAAACAACCAAGGGACGUUAAGUAAUUUUAAAGACUGGUUCCUAUUUUAAUGUUUUGUUUUUAUUAUUAUUAUUUUGUCAAACUAUCUCUUGCACUUCAGAUGGGUUUUGUUAUUUAACGGAAAAAAAAAACACAUUUCCGACGAGUUUGCGUUCACACAGGACUGUUUCCUGUUACAUUAGAGACUGAUUUCUUACAAAGUACAAAGUGGCAGACAGAAAUCUUGAAGUGAGAUUAAAAACCAAAAAUAACACUACCUCCUUUUCAAAACAGUUCAACACAUAGCCAACGGGAGACUGAAAUCUCUUAAAUAUUGUUUUCUCCAUUCUUCCUCAAUGAUGACUUAAAAAAAAAGAAGCCAAAAUUGUUUUAACGCUUACUUUAAAAGUGGCAACAAAAAAAAAGUAUUUGGUGAUCUGGACUCCCUAAUACAUCUGCUUGAGCCCAAAAAAAAUAAAAAAAUAAAACAUCGAGACGUUUCACUUUCCAUAGAUUUAAAAAUGACUACCUCUCCUUAAACCACAUCUGAAGCACUCUCUACGUCUCCAAAUGUGCUGUAAAGUGCUCAUUAUCUAUGAACAGUUUUCUAUCAGCUGUUUCAAACUGACCAUACUCCUGUACCCGAUUAGCAUCGAGCUAUGUGAGCAGCCUCUCAACAGUGUGCUUUGACUGUACGUGUGCAUAUUCAUGAUCAGGCACAGCUCUCGGCCAAUGAGAAGCUGGUCAUUAAUGGCUGCGUGUUGUUGCAGGGAGCUGGCUGUCAGAUGUAGUGAUGGGCUGAAUAUAUUAGUGCCACACACACAGAUAGACACACACAUGCACACACACAGGGGUAUAAUAGAAGUGUAGAAACAGGGCUAGGGGUUAGUGCAAACGGAGGCUCUGACCAUCCAGAUAUCCAAAGACCCACAACACUGCAGCACCCCCUUUCACCAAAACACUCACAGAGACACUGAGAGGACUAACACAUCACUACUAGUAAUAUCCAAACUAAGAGGAACUGCUGCAUACAGUACAUAGAUGAUCUCUGACUUGUGCUUUAAGGUACACCUGUAAACAAAGCUGUUUUAUAAAGAUGUAGAUUGUUCACAGGUCACCAUGUAACACUUCUGUUCUUUCUCCACCUUGGCAUAACAUGAUGUAUUCUUGUAUAUUGAUGCUUGGCUUAUCUCUCCAGGGCAUUCUUUCCCAUUUUGUCCUUUGAUUUUUCUCUGUUGGGAUUUCUUUCUUUUCCUUUUUUUUUCUUUUCCUGAACCUGUUUAGCUAUUGUAAAGCUUUCAGCUCUGAUUCCUAUACUGUACUGCUAAUGCAGAAGUAUAUGUAUUUAUCAUAUUAAGUGCUGCAGGUAUCUUGGUUUAAUAGUUUUGGUUUUUUUCCAAUGUUUUUUUUUUGGUUUGUUUGUUUUCGGUUCUUCAUAAAACGUCUGGGACGCUGAUUUUUUUAAAAUGUAUUAUCUCUUUGAAAAAAAGAAAAAAAUGAAAAGAACUAAAGUUAGAUCAGUGGUUUAGGUAACACCUGUUUGUAUAUUUAUCUUAGCUAGGUCUAUUUUGAUACUUUUUUGUCUCUGUACUGCAUUUAUGCAUUUUUAAGGAAAGAAAAAAAACAACAAAUGGAAAACAAACUAAAAAGUUUCUUCAUUAUGUAUUGAUACCUCAGAAGGACUUUUUUUUCCGCAAAGACAGGACCAAAACCUCUGAAAAGAAAAAGAGAAAGAGGAAAAAAAUGUAAGAAUAUGUAGCCCCUCUCUUGCUUUAAAAACUGCGGAGCUCUAGAAAGGUAUUGCUGUUGGUCCUUUCAGGUGCCAAUAUGUGUCCCUGCUCCCCUUGACCCCCUCCCUCUGACCCCUGACCCCUGUCAUUCCUGUGUUGAACUCCGACCCGCAGAGCUGUCAAUCAUCUGCAGGUGCCGUGGGGGUGUCACUGAGUCAAACACCUGGCAGGUGGUGACCAGCCAGAAACCUCAUCUCCCAGUCCCACAGAGGCAGAUCAAAGACUGACACUGUUGCAUUUUUGAUACUCGUCCUCUUGCGCAGUCUCAAUACCAAAAUGUGGAAUGACUCUCAGAGAUGCAGCUCAUCCUCUGACUACCAAAGGCAUUGCAAGCAAAACAUUGCUUAGUCCAAACUCUUGAACUCUAACCAAACUGUAACCAAACCAAUGCCACAACUUUAACCAAACAAAGACCAAGCUACUUCCAAAACUCUCCAUCGACUUCACUGAUCACCUUUACUGAUAGCUGUUAUCUCGCAUACAUCCACGUAAUGGUGUUGUAGGAGCAGCCCACAUCCGGUUUACUGGUGACUAGCUCAAAGGACAUGGGGAGAUCAAAUCGUAAUGUGUGAUUGGACAGUUCUGAGGUGUCAUACGAAGGGGAAGGGACUUUCAAAGUGGAGCAUUUGCCUGACGGUAUUAUCAAGUAGACAGCCAGAAUCUGACGGAACUACCACUUCAGCUCUCCUCUGGUUAAACCUUAGGAAUGUGUGUACAUUUUCAGCAGUGACUCUUUGUAUUGUUUCUUAGUUCAGUUUACCUGUUUACCUCUCUUUAUCCUUUGUUUUUGUUUUGGGUUUUUUUUUGUUUUUUAUGUUUCUUGUUAUUUGAAAGUGUGACCCGAGGAAGAGGUGGGAACAGGGACUGGAUGGUGGCUUUAGACAGACAGUGGAGCCCAGACCUCUGACCCUCCACCCCGGGUAGCCAUGUAAUGCCAGUCACUGCCCUUUCCUUCAUGCUGUAUAAAAACACACACAUAUAUCUGUGUAUUUGUAACCUGAAUCUUCUUGUGUCUGUCCAUGCAGACAAUAAAAAACUGUACAGUAGGUCUAGUUGCAUGUAAUCUGUACUAAUUAUUGACAAUGGCAUUAUAAAAUGCAAUAAAAUACUUAUUACAAUGUCCUA